GCCUAGCUAUCGCCCAUCGCCAUACCCCUUUCCUCCGAGAUGGCGGUGACGGCACCGAGCCGAAGCAUCGGACGGGGUUUGAAAAAAAGUCCCGAUGUACCCGUGUUGGGCCCGACCAUGAUAUGUAUUUGGUAGCUACCAUAUACAAGCCGAUAUCGAGUCGUUCCCUUCUCUCACUGCCCUUGAACACCAGUCCAAGUCCCCCUUUCAAGUUGAGGAGCAGCACAAGUACGCCGUCUGGAAUAAUGCUGCAUUAAAGCCACCGGAUUCGAAAUAUCGCCAGUAGCCAACAUGAAGUUCGACUUUGAAACCACCGGCAUCGAUGUCGUCAAACACUUUGACGCCCAAGUCAGGGGCAAAAUAUUCCUCAUAACUGGCCCAACCGUCGGCGGUAUAGGCGCCGAAACGGCCAUCUCGCUGGCCCACGCCGCGCCGGCCCUGAUCGUGCUCCUCGGCCGGUCCCGAGAGAAGGCCGAGCCGGUCCUGGAAGCCAUCCGCGCCGUGGACGCGGCCGUGCCGACCAAGUUCGUCGAGCUCGACCUCUGCUCGCUCGCCAGCGUGCGCGCCGCCGCCGCCGCGGUCCUAGCCGACCCGGCCGUGCCGCGCAUCGACGCCCUCAUCAACAACGCCGGCGUCAUGGCCUGCCCGUUUGGCCUGUCGGCCGACGGCAUCGAGAUACAGUUCGCGGCCGGCCAUGUCGGCCACUUCUUGCUCACCAACCUGCUGGCGCCCAAGCUGCUGCAGGGCAGCGGCGGCGGCGGCGGCGCGCGCGUCGUCAACGUCUCCAGCUCCGGCCACAAGCUCGGCCACGUGCGGUUCGACGACCCAAACUUCUCCGAAGCCAGGUCCUACACGCGCCUGGCCGGCUACGGCCAGGCCAAGACGGCCAACGUCCUCUUCUCUGUCGCCCUCAACGCCCGCCUGGCCGGGACGCGCGGGGUCCGCUCGUACGCGUCGCACCCGGGCGUCAUCAUGACCAACCUCACCCGGCACAUCCCGCCGGACAUGAUGGGCGAGAUGGUCGCGGCCGCCGGGGUCGACGUGCUCACGAUGAAGAACAUCCAGCAGGGCUGCUCGACGCAGCUGCGCGCCGCGCUCGACCCGGACCUCCCCGGCCAGGAGGGCGUAAUGCUGUACGACUGCUCCCUGACGACGGACCCGCAGCAGAUUCUCCCCCGGGCCGUCGACUCUGCGGAUGCCGAGAAGCUCUGGAUGCUGAGCGAGAAGCUGGUUGAGCAGGAGUUCAAAUAUUAAGUUGGUGAGGUCUGGAAGGAAUCAUGCGCUAUGUCCUUGAUUGAUGUAGCUGACUACCUCCUUGUUGUCGAAAGCUAAAAUGCUAAAACCUAGGCUAUUAAAUGAACGUGGUAUCCUGU